UAUUUAUUUCGCAAGUUGGAGGUGCAAAAAAGCGUGCAACUAGAGUGACCUCAAAAAUGAUGGGGAUGGACAACCAACUUGACGAUAAAGUAAUGAAAUACAACAAUUUGAAGACUUAUAUUUUUUGCUGGCAAAAGUGUGCUGAGAAAAUUAAACGAGUCCUACAAUUCCUAUGGCAUGCUUACUCCACUCCUACUCCAAAUAACUGGAAGGAACUGCUUGUCCUUUUCCUGUCUUGCUUGAGCAUAUGCGCCAUCAUCAGUGGCCUCCUUCACAACUGGAUGUUUUCAUCUCUGAAGUACGGGAUGCACAUAAGCUGGAUCAUAACCAAAAUGUUUGCAAUCAUUAUGUUCCUGCUUCUCUUCAUAGUUCACCCCGUGCGCUGUGUAUUUACUAUUGUAAUCCCCACGUUAGGCACAAAACAAGGACGCGAUCUCCUCCUUUCCACUUGCUUCAUGCUUGUGGCCGUCAACAAUAUCCCCAAUAUGAUGGGUAACAUCAAGAUGGUUCUCAAGCUCCUUCAAUGCAUUGCAAUGACCUCGAUCGAUAGCCUUGUGAACUCAACAAAACAAGUAGAGGACAUGAAAGAUGCACUGGUUAGGCAACUAAUAUAUGUGCAAAAAUAUGUGGAGAACAAGUUAUUUCAAUCGGAACUGAAAUGGGAAUUUAAUUCAGAUUUCAAUCAGUCGUCAUUGAAGAACCAGCUGCAUACAAUCGGCAACGAAAUCCAGAGUAAGAUUUCAAUAUUUCAGACUAUACUCAGUGAGAUCACACUGCACACCAACAGAGCACUUGCUGCCUUUGUUUUCUUUUAUCUGGCCAUCAGCUCAAUUCGGUAUCUCAAGGGCUACCUGACAAAUCUGGAGUUUGACAAUGUGUACAUUACUGGCAAGUUAACACAGCUGCUGCCGGCAAAGAAGGGGAAGCCCAUGCUGAAACGAAACGCGAGCAAAACGUUAAUCAAAUCCACAGGGUUAAAAAUGUCAUCAGAUGAAGUGGCCAGAUGUGUCAAGCACAUGGUACUGAGCACGGCGUAUUUAGCCCUGUCCAUAGUGAUCAUAACGGCAGAUUUUGUCAUCUUUAAUUUCACCUCAAGGGUGCUGCAAUUGACAGUUGACAUUCCAUCCAUACCUGUCGAAAUGGGAUUCAUAUACAAAGUAGAUGUGGAGACCAUAAUAGAACGAAUUGUGAACAAAAGGUUCCUCCAAAUUCAACUGCGAAAGGAAGCCAAUUUUCCUUGGAAUGUCACCCUUGUAUCAGAUAGAUGCAUAUUUCAUCCAUCUCACCCAAAUGUCCAGAUCAUUUAUGUCAUCUGUCUGCUUUAUUCUAUUGCCUAUAUUACAGUGUUUUUGGAAACCUAUGCAUUGCGUGCACGAAGAAAGAUUUCUGCAAGCUUCUUUGAGCAACGGGAAGAUGAAAGGAUCAAAUAUCUCCAUCAAAAGUUGGUAAAAGAUUCAGAACAUCAAUUCAGUGACAACAUAGUUGUUUUCACUGUGUCAGAACAAUGUCACGUAAGCUUUAAAGGACAAAGUAAAAUGUGAUUGUAUCCUAUUGGCCUGUCAUUUUUAGUUACAUAAGAAAUAAUUGAAUUGCACCUCAGAUCCCAAAGCACUGUACAUGCAACAUUUCUGUACUAACACAGGAAAAGCAGUAUCCACUGACUUUGCACUCAAUGUGCUUUCAAAAACAAUAAUGCUAUCAUGUUCAGCUAGUCUUUUUAAGUGAUUUUAAUUGAGCGAAAAUAGAGACGAAAUUGCAGGAACCCUGGCUGACACAUAUGAAUCAUCAUUAGACAUAGGCUAGUUUUAUUUUAGUUUUAGAGAUACAGCAUGGAAACAGGCCCACCAAGACCAUUGCUCAACUGUUCACACUAGUUCUCUGUCAUUCCACUUUUGCAUCCACUCCCUGCACACCAGGGGCAAUUUGCAGAGGCCACUUAACCGACCAAACCACACACUAUAUAUGUGUGAGAGGCAAGAUAGAGAUAAUAGACCUCAAAGUUCCCUCAUGUAUCAGAAGCUCUAUCAUCUUUGACCACAACUGUUUGCGGGACAGCCACUGCAGUGACUCCUCCAGACCACUGGGAGUCUCGUGGCUGCAAAAGGCAAAUUCAGUUAAAUGGACAGAUUAGCGUGAAGGUUUUGCAAACUCCAAGGUAUCCUGAACCCAAUCUGCAGUAUUGUCAUCUUCACAUCAAAAUAGACAUUAGACCAAAAUGGUCAAGUUCCCAGAUUAAAAAGCAGCAUCAGUUUAAAUACAAUGAUAGCUUUGUAGAAUUUGUAUUCAAUUUUAACAAAAGAAAUCUGAAAAUAAAAAGCGAAGAGGAGAAAAGGCGACCAUAAAAUUGUGGGAUUGAUGUUAAAGUCUAGUUGGUCAGAAAAAGUAUAUGCUUCAGAGAAGGAAAAUAUUGUUCUUUGGUCCGUAGUUGCUGCUUGAACAAGUGUGAUAAUGCGAUAAACGGCUAUAUUAUUUUGUAAGAGCCAUUUAAAACUAAAUGCAGUUCUGUAAUCUGCUAUAAUCUACUGAGUUUGUAUUUGCUUUGUUUAAUUUUGCUUUACAAUAAACCUGAUAUAAUGUUUUAAUCUGGAAUAUAGCACCUGUCAAUUAAAAGUCUUGGAUCAAUUAAGUAACACAUCAUUCCAAGUGCAUAAUAUCAUCAGCAAAAUGAUUAAUCUCUCACUCUGUAGUGUGCCAGUCUAAAUUAAUUUUUGAAGAUCAUAUUUACUUCAUAAAGCACAUAGUUUGACCUGUGAAAAGAUAGCCACUG